AUGGUUCUUGGACUUUACCGAUUGAGUGAAAAGGAUGUCAACUAUCCAACAAGACAAGCCCUUAUUCUAAAUGCUUCCAAAAACAGAGAAUCGCUCCAAAAUAACAAGGGAAAGACCAGAAGCCUAGAUGUUGUUGACGAGACACGCGUCCUCCUUUACUGUCCACAGGCUAUUUCUCCUGACUUCCAAACCUCACCGCCUCCAUCAAGGUAA